AUGGCCAUAGGCGCCUCCACGCAGGAGCUGGCCGCGCUCAUCGAUGCGCAUCUGGGUGAGCUGCGUCCGGAGCUGCCCGCCUGGCGCGUGGCCGACUCGCCCAUCUCGGGUCGCGGCCUAUUCGCCGUGCGCGACAUUGCCAAGGGCGAGCUGCUCUUCCGUGAGCGCACACUGCUCGUCGGACCCACCGCGCAUCGUGGACGCAAUCUGCGCACCUGCACCCAAUGCUAUCGCCAGCCGGCCGGCGAAGAUGGCAGCGAUGCUGCGGCCCUCUGCACCGCCGGCUGUGGCCUGCCCGUCUGCGGCGGCUGUGUGGCGUCGCCGCGGCAUGCCGUCGAGUGCCAGCUGUUCCGCAAAUGGAAACCGAAGGAUCCCAGCCGCAUCGAUCCGCGCGCCCUGCGCAUUCUCAGCGUGGUGCGCUGCUUCUUCUUGAGCGAGUCGCAGCGCCAGCUGCUCUACGCGAUGCAGGCGAACGCGGAUCGCUACUAUAUGCGCGAGGUGCAGCGGGCAGCGGAGUCCUUUGAUCAUUUUCCGCGCGACCAGGACAUGCUGGAGUAUUUCUAUCGCACCGUCUGCGCAUUCAAUACGAACGCCUUCGAGAGCCGCUGCCAGGUGGAUGGGCGGGAGGUGGUCGCGCGCGCCCUCUUCCCGCUCGCCGGCAUGCUCAACCAUCAGUGCACACCGAAUGCGGCUCAUCAUUUCGAGGACGGGGAGACGAUUGUGGUCACCGCCACGGAGCGCAUACCGCUGGGCGCCGAGAUAACCAUGUCGUAUGCAAAGCUGCUCUGGUCGACGCUGGCGCGCAAAAUGUUUCUCGGCAUGACCAAGCACUUCAUGUGCCAAUGCCCGCGCUGUCAGGAUCCCACGCUUACCUCACCCCAAUCUAACAAUUUCUGA